AUGAAAAGAACAUUAACUCGCAAGACUAUAAAAAUUGAGUACGAGGAAGAGGAGAAGAACUAGAGUCCAAUCAAGCCAGUCUCGAAUCUCAAGUUGUCUAGGUCUCUAAAAGUAACAAAGACUAGACAAGAUAUGAGCUUCGUUCCUAAAAAUUGGUAGAAACUAUGGGAUGUGAUUCAAGUAAUGAGAUCUGAAAAUGAGGCACCUGUAGAUUCUAUGGGCUCAUCCCUUUUAGCAGAUCCGAAGGCUGAGAAGAACGAGCAAUCUUUUUAGACUUUAGUAGGCUUGAUGCUUUCAUCUCAGACCAAAGAUGAGGUUACAUCAGAAGCAGUCUUUACACUCAGAGAACACGGAUUAAGUAUAAAAAUGAUAAAUGAGAUAGAAGAAUAAAAGCUGAAUGAACUUAUAAAAAAAGUUGGCUUCCACAACAAAAAGGCCAAAUACUUAAAGGAUGCAGCGGCAAUGAUCAUCAAAGACUUUAAGGGCAAGGUGCCAUCAGAUCUUGAAGAAAUAUUGAAAUUACCAGGAGUAGGUCUCAAAAUGGCUCACCUGCUUUUACAGUAAUGUUUUGACAAGAAAAUCGGGAUUUCAGUAGACACCCACGUUCAUAGGAUAUCUAAUCGACUUAAGUGGGUCCCUAAAGAAACUAAAAACCCUGAAGAAACUGCUAAAGCUCUUUAAGACUGGCUGCCAGUUGAAAAAUGGGCAGAUAUUAAUUUCAUGUUGGUUGGAUUCGGAUAGACCAUCUGCAGACCUCUGGCCCCUAAGUGUUAUAUAUGUAAGGCGAGUACCCUUUGUCCUUAUAACGCUAAAACAAAAGAACCAACUAAAAGUAAAAAGAGAUAAACCACCGAAGAAUAAAAACAGGAUGAUAAUGAUAUGGAUGAUGCUGCUGCUGCUGCUGAAGCAAAAGAAGAAACUAAAAUUAUUGAGAGAGCCGGGAAAGAAUCGAAGAGUAAAGAUAUUAAAAAGAUGGAAAAUAAUUUAUAAAUUAGAGAGACUAGAUCGAAAUCUAAAUAAAAAGUUGGUAUAAUUAUGAGAGAGAAUAAUGACUUGACAAUAGAAUAGGUAAACUUAUAAUAGCUAGAAUCGUUAAAAAUAAAAGCCUCAAAAAAGAGAAAGAUGGCCGAUCUGGACAACUAUAAAUUCGUAGACAAAACUAAUAUAAAAAUGAGAAAAAAAUCUUAAUUUUGA